AUGGAUAAGCUGGUAUCCCGACGAAAUGCAUUGCUAAUGCAGUUGAAAUGGGAGCGCUCGGAAGCAGACAAAAUUCAUGACCGGAAUGCAUCGAUCGGUGAAGCAGUUGAUCGGCUUGACCAGUUGAAAGAGAUUGCUGAUAACUUUCGGAAAACGCAACGAGAAAUAGAAGAAAAUCAACCUGAUGCAGAGGCGAUUGCGUCAGUGCACAAUUAUCGAGAGGAAUUUACUGCUAACUAUUAUCGCGCAAAAGAUUGUUUGGAGCAUUAUUUAACACAAUUGAAGGAGGAUAGUAUAGACACAGCUUCCAUAACUAGUGAAAACACGGUUGUCAAUACAUGCCAGGACCUGAAGGAAGCGAUGAAAAUGCUGCUAGAAUCUCAGCGAACGAUGAUGCUAGCAAACCAGCUUGGAGGAAAUGUCGAUUCAGCAGGAGGAGAACAGGUAUCGAAUCGUUCACCCCAGUCAGUAGUUAGACUUCCCCCGAUAAAUGUACCAACGUUUAGUGGCGAAAGAAAACAUUGGAGGUCAUUCAAAGACAUCUAUGAGACAACAAUUCAUAAUCGAAUGGAUUUGAAAGAUUCGAUGAAAAUGCAGUAUUUGGUGUCAUAUUUGGAAGGCGACGCGAGGCGACUGGUCAGUUCGUUCCCGAUUUCGGAUGCCAACUACAGAGAAGCAUGGGCAACUCUUACAAAUUUUUACGACAAGAAAAAGUACACUGUGUUUGCUUUGGUGCGAGAGUUUGUGGAUCAAUCGGCGAUAAAUACUGCCAGUUCGAGCAAUCUGCGAAGGUUAGUUACGACAUCUGAUGACGUAGUCCGUCAACUUAACGCGCUUGGAGAUGAAUUCAACACUCGCGAUCCGUGGCUGAUCCACCUACUAUUGGAAAAAAUAGACAAGGAAACUCGUUCGCUGUGGGCGCAAAGAAUUAUUGACAUGGAGAAUCCGACGUUCGAAGAGUUUUUGAAAUUCUUGGAUGAUCGAUGUGAUGCUUUGGAAACGUGUACUGCGUUUUCUAAGAAACCAGAUGGGGGAAAGGAGCUAGCAAAAAGGCAGCCGCCGAUGGAGAAAAAAUUGCAGUCUUUGCAUACUGCAAAGGCAGUAGAAAAGUGCGCGAAAUGCUCCAAUUGCUCGUCGAAAUCUUCGUGCCGUACGACAGAUUGUAAAAAACGGCAUCAUACACUACUGUGUCCGUUAGUGGAUGGUUCGAGAGAUAAACAUACGGAGAAGAGCGAAACGAGUAACAAUCCUCCAGAAGUUACUGAACCAGUCAUCAACGUGCAUGUUACUCAAGUGCCAAAGGAACCGCAACAGUUUGUUCCAAUACUUCCGACUGCCAUUGUCCGUGUACAAGGGAGUGACGGAAACUUACAACAUGCACGUGCGUUACUCGAUUCUGGUUCUGAAGCAUCGUUAAUUUCGGAAUCAUGCGCCAGUAAACUCGGUUUAUCGCGCAGCAGUGGCAAAUUUGUGGUUUCUGGGUUAGGCCAGCAACUGUUAUGUUCUUGA